AUGACUGAUGAAUCAAACACCCUCCCGUCCAGUCUAAACAAUCAAUUUUUUAUUGCUGUUCACUGUGGUGCUGGUUAUCAUUCUCAUGCAAAUACUAAAACCUAUGAAAAUAUAAUGAAACAAGCACUCGUACAAACAAGAAAUCAAUUCUUUCAAAAUUCCUCCUCUUCCUCCAAUCCUUCUUCUAAAACAACAUCGAGUAAUCAUGAAUUCAACUCUACAAUGGAUCUCAAUCAACAAAUCAAUGAUUGUCUCUCUGCAUGUUCCUAUUGUAUUUCCAUUUUAGAAAAUUCACCCUUCACGAAUGCUGGAUUUGGAAGUAAUUUAAAUAGAAAUGGAACUGUUGAAUGUGAUGCAUGUUUAUGUUAUUCUCAUUAUUAUUUAAACAACACUCAUUCUCCAACAAUGGUAAAUUUACACUGUUACUACUCUCAAUUACAUGCUUCAUGUGGUGCCAUUUAUGGUGUUUAUAAUCCUAUUUUAAUGUGUCAUACUCUCAUUCAAGAUAUUUUAAUGAAUUCGAGUGGAAUUUAUACUCCUCAUAGUCAGUUAGUGAAACCAUUGUUUUUAAGUGGAAGAGGAGCAUUGGAAUAUAUUCAAUUUAAUAAUAACAAGAGAAGAACAAAUGAGAGUAGUCUAUUGAUGAAGAGUAGUCAUCCAAGUAGUAGUAGUGGUAGUAGUAGUAGUAAUAAUCCAAGUAGUAGUAGUAAUAAUCCAACCAUACUUGAUGAUCAUAAGGUUUAUGAUAAGGAGAAUCAUUCAUUGUUUAAUAACAAUAAUAACAUGUUGAAUCGUUUGAUUUAUUGUCAAGAUGACAAUUUAUUGAAUGAAUACAUGGUCACUGAAAAAUCUAAAAUUGAAUUUAACAAGUAUAAGCAUGUGUUAAUGAAUAAUCCUAAUCAUACAUUUAGUGGUAGUGGUAGUAAUAGUACUGCUAGUAGUAGUAGUGGUAGUAACACUAUUAACCAAUAUGAUGAAAAUAACAAUGCAACAACAACAACAUGGAUGAAUCACGGUUUAGUGAUCUCGAACCAUUCUCCCAUCCAUUCAUCCUCCUCCACAAGUAUGAACACCAAUACUUCUCAAUUCUAUGACACUGUGGGUGCCAUUGUUUAUUCGAAUGGUAUUCUAUGUAGUGGAGUGAGUAGUGGUGGAAUUUUAUUGAAAUAUCCUGGAAGAAUUGGUGAAGCAGCUAUUUAUGGAAGUGGAUGUUCCUCAGAGAUGUAUCAUCAUCAUUCAAAGAAUAUUUAUGGUGGUGGUGGUGGAAUGAGUGAUGAAAGUGAUAGUGAUCACGAAAAUGAUAGUGAACAUGAAAGUGAACAUGGUGAAAAUAAUCACACUCUCUCAACAACAACACUUCAAUGUGCUCAUAACUUUUCAGGAAUUGGUGAAGAUAUCAUGUUCAAUCAAAUGUCAAAUCAUUUAAAUCUUGAAUUAUUUCAUUUGAAUCAUACCAUGGAACAAGCAUUGAAUUCUUUAUUUCAUUCAUGUCCCAAAUUAAUGAAUCCAAGAAAAAUUGGAUGUAUGUCUUGUUUGGUGUAUCAUGAUGAUGACGAGACAUCUGAUCAUUCAUCCUUUUUAGAAUUUGGAUAUGCCUUUAGUACAGAGAGUAUGGGAAUUGGAUUUACUCAUUCGAAUACUAAUCAAUGCCAUGUUGAAAUUAAAAGAAGAAGAGGAGGAGAUGAAAAUGUUUCUGUCAUGCCAAUAAAAUUAUAA